CGUGUGUUGUGGGUGUGAGCUGUGUAGGCUACUGCUGCAUGAUAGCGAAAAUACAUUUUAAUUAGUUCUCAGUCAUUUACGUUUUUAUGUUAUAACAUUAAGGGCCCGUACGUUCACCGUUGGUUAACCGAGAUGGGUGACAUAUCGCGGAGUUCACGUAUCUACUUACACUAAAGUCCUGCUGUCUUCAUUCUCAACAUCACAAGGCUAUAGGCUCCAUCUCAACAGCUGAAAGCAGAUUCUCACAAUGCGGAUAAAUGAAAACACAUUACUGGAGGGAAAGAAUGUGCUUCUCGUGCCAUACAACGUGGAGCAUGUACCGAGGUACCAUGUGUGGAUGAGUAAUGUUGAGCUGCAGCAGUUGACUGCCUCAGAGCCGCUCUCUCUGGAGCAGGAGUACGAUAUGCAGAGGAGCUGGAGAGAAGACGACGACAAAUGCACCUUCAUCGUGCUGGACAAGCAGAAGUGGGCAGAGCCAGCUGUGCCGGAGGAGCAAUGCAUGCUGGGGGAUGUGAAUGUCUUCCUGACAGACCCUGACGAUCGCACACUGGCAGAGGUGGAGGUGAUGAUCGCAGAGCCGAGCUACAGAGGAAGAGGGCUGGGCAAGGAGGUGGUGCAGAUGAUGAUGACUUAUGCGGUCACCAGACUGGAGGUCAGGAAGUUUGAGGUGAAGAUCGGCCUGGACAACACUGUCAGCAUUGGCCUCUUCAAGAAGCUGGGCUUCAACGAGCUCUCCAUGAGUGAGGUGUUUAGGGAGGUGACGCUCGGGAUGAACGUGAACGCGGCGAAGCGAUCGCUGUUGCUGGGCAAUACGGACUUCAUGAAGGAGCUGGAGUACGCCACGUCCAGGGACAGCCGACACUGAGUCAUGUGACACGGGGCAGCCAAUCACCUCUAGUCUUCAGAGGCCUAUACUACAAAGCUGGUUCAGGAGUAAACCAGGUUAAGUUCAGAGGUAAAUCAUCCUGAACCAGCUUUGUAGUAUAGGCCCCUUGUCACAUGAUCAAGGGAUGGCCAAUCAACUUCAUUCUUCAGGCCCCAUGACCAUGCAAAAUAAUUGUCUACUAGAGAAGGAUAAUUCAAACUCAGCCCACCCAAUGCAAA